UGAAUGAAUCAGAGUUCAUUUUUGUUCUUCAAUUAAUGGAUAAAAGAUCAAAACAACAUAACUAAACCGAACCGGGUUAACUAGCCAAAACAAACCCCACCUAAAGGCUAAUACCGUACUACCACUACUGCUGAAAAGUUACACCUACCCACCCCCACCCACCCCACUACCCCACGUCACCCCACUACCCCAUCUCAUCAACCCCCAUCUCACCCAUACUCUAUACACCCUCCCACCCACUCCACUACCCCACCCACCCACCCCCAUCUCUCACUCUUACACUCUCUCCAUGCGUUCUUGUUCAUGCUUCAAGGUCCUACUCAAGAACAGCUUCUAAUCUUGGAACUGUUCAAUCUCUUCGCAGCUGAGUCUGAUUAUGUCUGGAAGAAUCCUCCCUAAUUUGCCUAAGUUGGUGAAUCUGAGUGAAGUCCUGUGGAAUGAACAGCUUGUUUCAUGCAUGUUCAACUGCAAUAUUAACAAGGACUAGCCAUCUUGUUGUGAAGAGUUCAAUCUGUGGAUUUCCAUCUCUUUCAUGGAAGACAAGCUUUGGUCAUGCUAGAAUUGGGAAAGUUGAUUCCAACUUGUAUUUGAAUAGAGUUUCUGUUCGUUGCUUUUCGUCCAAAAAACAUAGUGGAGAUAGUUCUCCAUCGCAGAAUUCUGAGUUCACUACAGAAAUGAAAGAAGAGAGAGAUGGUUUCUUUGUUGUUAGGAAAGGAGAUCUGGUUGGAGUCUACAAAAACUUGAGUGAUUGCCAGACCCAAGUCGGAUCAUCGAUAUGUGAUCCUCCUGUGAGUGUGUACAAAGGCUAUGCCAUGCCUAAGGACACAGAAGAAUAUCUUCUUUCUUGUGGGCUUAAAAAUGCUCUCUAUUCUAUCAGAGCUGCAGAUCUUACCGAAGAUCUCUUUGGGACUCUAGUACCAUGCCCUUUUCAGCAACCUUCUUCUUCAAAAAGUGGAACAUCUGAUCAUUUGCCAAAGAAGAGGCCACAGGAAGCAAUGUGGUCAGAAUAUGCGGAUGCUGUUGGAUCAGCAGUUGUUUCAAAUGAUUCCGCAAGAAAGCAUGUCAAGUUAGAGCAACAAAAGGGCGACCAAAUUCUAGCUCUUCCAUCUGGUCAGCGGUCAUGUACUCUUGAAUUCGAUGGUGCUUCAAAGGGAAAUCCUGGACAAGCUGGUGCAGGAGCUGUUAUACGGGCGGAUGAUGGAAGCAUGACCCUCAGGCUACGUGAAGGUUUAGGAGUGGCAACAAGCAAUCAUGCUGAAUACAGGGCAUUUAUUUUGGGUUUGAAACAUGCUCUUAGAGAAGGGUUUACUAGUAUUCGUGUUCAAGGUGACUCCAAGCUUGUUUGUAUGCAGAUCCAAGGUCUGUGGAAGGUUAAAAAUCAAAACAUCGCCAUGGUGUUUGAGCAGGCAAAACAAUUGAAGGAAAGGUUCCUUUCUUUCCGCAUCAUUCAUGUCCUUCGGGAAUCAAACUCUGAUGCAGAUCAGCAAGCAAACUUGGCUGUUGAACUUCCAGAGGGUCAAAUUCAAGAGGAGAAACCUCUACCGUUGGAUACGUUCUUCGAAGAACCGCGGAUGCUUGACACGUAUGCAUGUACUGCGUCCUACGCUAUUCUCUUUCCAUUUUUUUUUUCAAAACAGAGAAAAGUAGUACCGACUUAUGCUUCAUCUGCAAUGAAGAUUUUGAUGAUUAGGAGAGGUUUACGGUUACUGGCUACCGGAAAUUUGAACUCCUCGCCGUUGAUUUACCGGCGGCAUUCGUUUUACUCGACGUCGUUUUUCUCUAGUUCGUCUCGGUUGAAUGCUAACUUUGCCGCAGAUGAUUUGCUGCUCGGCGAUCAAUUAGCUACCUUGGCUUCCAAAGCGGAGACGUCUCAGAAUCUACUUCAGCCUGGUGUCGUUGUCUAUGACGGCGUUUGUCAUCUCUGUCACAACGGUGUGAAAUGGGUGAUUAAAGCUGACAGGGAUAAGAAAAUCAAGUUCUGUUGCUUGCAGUCAAAGGCUGCUGAACCUUACAUGAGUGUGUGUGAUCUUGAUCGAGAUGACGUUCGUCGUCGCUUCUUAUUCAUUGAAGGCCCAGGUUUAUACCAUCAAGGCUCCACUGCUGCACUGAGGGUUCUAGCUCACUUGCCAUUACCUUACUCUGCGCUGAGUUACUUCAUGAUUGUACCUACUCCUUUAAGGGAUGCUGUUUACGAUCAUGUUGCCAAGGAGAGGUAUAAAUGGUUUGGGAAGAGUGAUGACUGUUUAGUUCUCCGGGAACAAGACUUGCUUGAUCGCUUCAUUGAUAGGGAAGAGUUGCUUGAACGUAGCCGAUCAGUUUUGUGAAAUGCUGCUUCAGUGGAGGUCGUUAUAAUAAGUAAGUUUCAAUUAACAUUCUUUUGGAGUUGUAAGUAUGUAGUCCAUCCAUAGUAUACAUACACUACAUAUAAUCAUGAGUGUGGAGAGCUGGGAAUGCCUUCGUUUUUUGUCAUUGACGAAAAGUACAUCUGAACCUUUUGCCUGUUGAAUGCUUGCGUUUGGUUUCAUCAUUAA